GGCCCGGCUCAGCCGCUGCCCCGCCAUGAGCGACAAGGGCGAGCUGGACCUCACCGGCGCCAAGCAGAACACGGGCAUGUGGCUGGUGAAGGUCCCCAAAUACUUGUCACAACAGUGGAGUAAAGCUUCAGGAAGAGGUGAAGUGGGAAAACUAAGGAUUGUCAAAAAUCAAGGAAGAACGGAAGUGUCAUUUACUUUGAAUGAAGAGCUUGCAAGCAUCAGUGAUAUUGGAGGAAAGCCUGCUUCAGUCAGUGCACCAAGGGAACAUCCAUUUCUUCUGCAAAGUGUGGGAGGACAGACCUUAACAGUGUUCACAGAAACUUCAGUAGAAAACCAAUCAGAAGAAAAAUCAGAAAGCGGCAGUGCUGAUAAACUUGCCUUGGAAGGAAUAGUGGUGCAACGUGCUGAAUGCAGACCUGCAGCUAGUGAAAAUUAUAUGAAGCUGAAAAGAUUACAGAUAGAAGAAUCCUCUAAACCUGUAAGGUUAUCACAGCAGCUGGACAAAGCUGUAACCACAAACUAUAAACCAGUGGCUAAUCAUCAGUAUAAUAUUGAAUAUGAGAAGAAGAAGAAAGAAGAUGGAAAACGAGCUCGAGCUGAUAAACAGCAGGUGUUGGACAUGCUUUUUUCAGCCUUUGAGAAACAUCAGUAUUACAACAUUAAAGACCUGGUGGACAUAACCAAACAGCCAGUGAUAUACUUGAAAGAAAUUUUGAGAGAAAUAGGCAUCUACAAUGUGAAGGGGACCCACAAAAACACGUGGGAGCUGAAGCCAGAAUACAGACAUUACCAAGGAGAAGAAAAGAGUGAUUAACAAAGACAUUUAUGAUGUAAGAGUGAUUGCACUGAGGGAACUGUGGUGUUUACAGACAGGACUGAGCACAGUGCAAUUCUUCAAUUAUAAAGAUAAAUUAAAGCAGCUGAUACUUUGUAA